CCCGCCCGCCCUCCGCCGCCCUCCACCCGCCCCGGGGUCUCUUUCCCCCUUCCUCCUCCUCCUCCUCCACCCCCCCCUUCCUCCUCCGCCCGCCCGCGGGGCCCCCCUCGCCUUCCCGCCCGCCCCUAUUGUUCCGCCCCCGGCCUCCCGCCCUUCCCCUUCCCGCCCGCUCCCCUUUUCCCCUCAGUCGCCUCGCGCCUGCAGUUUUUGGCUUCACCCCCACCAGUGACCAAAGACUUGACCACUCAAAGUCCAGCUCCCCAGAACACUGCUCGACAUGGACACCGGUGUGAUUGAAGGUGGAUUAAAUGUCACUCUCACCAUCCGGCUACUUAUGCAUGGAAAGGAAGUUGGCAGUAUCAUCGGAAAGAAAGGAGAAUCAGUUAAGAAGAUGCGUGAGGAGAGCGGUGCACGUAUCAACAUCUCAGAAGGGAAUUGUCCUGAGAGAAUUAUCACUUUGGCUGGACCCACUAAUGCCAUCUUCAAAGCCUUUGCUAUGAUCAUUGACAAACUGGAAGAGGACAUCAGCAGCUCUAUGACCAAUAGCACAGCUGCCAGUAGACCCCCAGUAACCCUGAGGCUGGUGGUCCCUGCUAGUCAGUGUGGCUCUCUCAUUGGGAAAGGUGGUUGCAAGAUCAAGGAAAUACGAGAGAGUACAGGGGCUCAGGUCCAGGUGGCAGGGGAUAUGCUCCCCAACUCAACUGAGCGGGCCAUCACUAUUGCUGGCAUUCCGCAAUCCAUCAUUGAGUGUGUGAAACAGAUCUGCGUGGUCAUGUUGGAGACUCUCUCCCAGUCCCCCCCGAAGGGCGUGACCAUCCCGUACCGGCCCAAGCCGUCCAGUUCUCCAGUCAUCUUUGCAGGUGGUCAGGACAGGUACAGCACAGGCAGCGACAGUGCGAGCUUUCCCCACACCACCCCGUCCAUGUGCCUCAACCCUGACCUGGAGGGACCACCUCUAGAGGCCUAUACCAUUCAAGGACAGUAUGCCAUUCCACAGCCAGAUUUGACCAAGCUGCACCAGUUGGCAAUGCAACAGUCUCAUUUUCCCAUGACGCAUGGCAACACCGGAUUCAGUGGCAUUGAAUCCAGCUCUCCAGAGGUGAAAGGCUAUUGGGCAGGUUUGGAUGCAUCUGCUCAGACUACUUCUCAUGAACUCACCAUUCCAAACGAUUUGAUUGGCUGCAUAAUCGGGCGCCAAGGCGCCAAAAUCAAUGAGAUCCGUCAGAUGUCUGGGGCGCAGAUCAAAAUUGCGAACCCAGUGGAAGGAUCUACUGAUAGGCAGGUUACCAUCACUGGAUCUGCUGCCAGCAUUAGCCUGGCUCAAUAUCUAAUCAAUGUCAGGCUUUCCUCGGAGACGGGUGGCAUGGGGAGCAGCUAGAACAAUGCAGAUUCAUCCAUAAUCCCUUUCUGCUGUUCACCACCACCCAUGAUCCAUCUGUGUAGUUUCUGAACAGUCAGCGAUUCCAGGUUUUAAAUAGUUUGUAAAUUUUCAGUUUCUACACACUUUAUCAUCCACUCGUGAUUUUUUAAUUAAAGCGUUUUAAUUCCUUUCUCUGUUCAGCUGUUAAUGCUGAGAUCCAUAUUUAGUUUUAUAAGCUUCUCCCCUCCCCCCUUUUUUUGGCUCAUGAAUUUUUUUUUCUGUUUGUCAUGGAAAUGUAAGAGUGGAAUAUUAAUACAUUUCAGUUUAGUUCUGUAAUGUCAGGAAUUUUUCAAAAAAAUUAAAAGAUGGACUGGAGCUUUUUCUUUGUGAAUAGAAACUGGAUGCCACAGUGA